AUGAAACUAUGAAAUGUAACAACACACCACAAACAACAACGUUAAUUAACAUAUGAAACUCACCAUGUACUGCCAAGGUUGCUGUAACAAACUUUGAGAUAGUUUCGAUUCCUCCUUAGUUUUUGGAGAAGUGAGAGAAUCAAUAUCUCAAUCAGAAUCAUUCAAAAUUCAAGCUUCAAAAACACCAUUUCCUCUAUAAAAUCCCAUCAAACCCCAACCCUAUAUUUUUCUUUUCUUUUUCUACUACUACUACUACUACUACUACUUUAUUUCUCUUUUUCUCUCUAAAGAAUCUAGAGAGAGACAGGGGAAAAGCGUGUAUGUUACAGUUAGAUUAGAUUAGAUGUUGUUGAUGAAGAAUAUUUGGUGAUUAAAUCAUUGAUUUUUUCUCCUUCACUCUCAGCCAUCUUUGUUUGACUUUCAAUUAUUAUAGUUCAGUUUCCUUCCCUGUUUCCCCUUUCUCUUUUUCCCAAUUUAAGACUUGUUCUUCUCUGAUUGAAACAUCAUUUCUAGAAAAUUCUUUCCACCAAAAUCAUCAAUACAAUUCUGUUUUAACACAUUGUGAUUGGAUUUGAUAAUUGGGAUUGAAAAUGGGUUGUGCUAGUUCAAAGCAAAAGGAAAAGAGGUGCAUCCAUUGCAACUCUUGUGCUUAUUCUGAAAGAAUGCCCAGAAGCUAUUCGAUGCAUGUCCACCACCCACCUCAGAGAAAAGGGGACAGUUACCAUGUUGUGGCACUUACAUCAACCACACUUGGCUCUCUUGAUCACUUAUCAACCAAGAUUUCUGCUUCUUCUGGUGCUGCCAAUGGAUUCAGAUUCACCAAUGAGAAUGAGAGUGAGAAUGAGAAGGAGAAGGAGGUCUUGAUCUCAAAUGCAAAGACAUGGUCCAAUAUGAUUGAGGAGAAGUUGCCAAAGGUUGUUAUGAUGCCAAAGACACCAAUCACAACACCACCUUGUGAUGAGGAGCCAGAGACAAUUAACACAUGGGAACUCAUGGAAGGUCUUGAGGACACAACAACAACAACAAGCCCUUUGAUGAGGUCACCAAAUCAUCACUUUGUAAGAAGCUUCUCCUUUGAUGUCAAUGUUAACAGGGGCCAUCUUGAUCCAAAUCCACCCAACAACAAGUCUUGUUGUUUCAUAGAGAAUAAUCAUGGAAAUGAUGAAUCCAAAAAGGGAGGGGAGCCAUAUCUCAUAAAGAAAGGAGUUUCUGAAUGUAAUGGAUUCUCUUGUGAUGAAGAAAAGAAGAAGAUCUGUGAUGAUGAUGAUGAUGAUUUUAAGCACACCCCAUUUGGGAAGAAGGAAAAGGUUGUGUUUUACUUCACAAGCCUUAGAGGGGUAAGAAAGACUUAUGAGGAUUGCUGCCAUGUGAGGCUUAUUCUGAAAGGAUUGGGUGUUAAGAUGGAUGAGAGAGAUGUGUCAAUGCAUUCAGGGUUCAAGGAGGAGCUCAAGGAGCUACUCCGGGCCGGUGGCGCAUUCGGUAAAGGAGGAGGGUUGCCGAGGGUGUUUGUUGGAGGAAACUACAUUGGUGGAGCUGAGGAAAUUCAGAGAAUGCAUGAAGAAGGGAAGCUUGAGAAGUUGCUUCAGUGUUGUGAGAAGAUUGAUGAGAAUAAUAAUGUUGAUGGUGGAGGAGUGUGUGAGGCAUGUGGUGAUAUAAGGUUUGUGCCUUGUGAAACCUGUUAUGGAAGCUGCAAAAUCUACUAUGAUGAAGGCUAUGAUGAUGAUGAUGAUGAUGACGAUGAUGAUGAAGAACAACAAGAACAAGAUAGUGAUGAGGUUGGUGAUUGUGGAUUCAAGCGUUGCCCUGAUUGCAAUGAAAAUGGACUAAUUAGAUGCCCAAUUUGCUGCUACUAGUUUUCAUCAUAAUAGUAUUAUGGUAACAUUUAACUAUAUUGUUCUUGGAAACCAAUUGUUUUUGGAAUUUGGAUCCAAUCUUUUUUUUUUGAGUUGUGUC